AUGGCUAUCCCUCAGCUCUGCUACACCUGCCCAAGUGACGAAACCCCUGAAAGAGAUAUUACUGCCGGAAGUGGCAUUCAACUUCUCAACAUUUUCAGUGAGUCACUGCUACAUUUAGUAUUGAAUAGUGAAGAAACCACUCAAAAGCCCAAACAGAAGGUUCUCAUUCCAGUGCAGAUCACGGACCGAAUCUUCUUCCUUGAUUUAGCCAAUAAACACCUGACAGACAUCCCAUGGGAAGUCUUUGACCUGGAAGACAUGGAGGAAUUGCAUCUGGAGAGAAAUAUGAUUGAGACCAUUCCAGAAAGUAUCCGCCAGCUUCGGAACGUGAAAGUUCUUUAUCUGAAUAAGAACAACAUCAGAGAGAUAUGCGUGGAACUCGGAGAACUGAAAACCCUCCAGAGCUUGGAUUUAAGCAGCAAUCCACUCUCUUCCAGUUCUCUGGAUAUCCUUAGUCAGUUGAGGGCUCUCCGUCGGCUCCGGUUAUAUGAUGUAAACCUGGUUGAAUUCCCCGUGGAAAUCUGCAAACACCUUCAUCAUUUGGAGCUGCUUGGACUUUCUUCAAAUAAUCUAAAUUGUCUUCCCAAGGAAAUAAUCAAUUUGACCAAACUUAAAGAGAUUUAUUUACAAAACAACAGAUUUGAAGAUUUCCCACCAGAACUUUGUCAUCUUUAUAAUCUGGAAAUAAUAGAUCUGGAAAACAACAGCCUGAGCGCCAUUCCGGAUGAAAUUGCCUCUCUGGAAAAUUUAGCCCAGUUCUUUCUCGCGUUCAACAGUCUGACAGCCGUGCCUGACCCCCUGAGCCAGUGCUUGAAAAUGGUGGUGCUCGAUUUGUCCCAUAACCGUCUGUACAAACUCCCUCGAAAUCUGAAGCUGCUGACAGAAAUGAAAGAGUUUGGGCUGUCUGGGAACCACCUGGCCGCAUUUCCACGUCAGAUCCGCCGCUGGAGGUCGCUCAUUGUGGUCUACAUGAAAAACUGCGCCCUGCAGAUGGUGCACCCGUCGUUUGCCAAGCUAACGGCUAUGAAGAUACUCGACCUAAGUCAAAAUCUCCUGGAGGAGUUCCCGAGAGAGAUUUGUGCAAUGGAAAGCCUGGAGGUAUUGUCAUUAGAUGACAAUAUGAUCUGUGAGAUACCUCAAACAGUGGCCAGGCUUUCUCAGCUGAAGUGUCUCAGUCUGACCGGCAACAAAUUUUUCUCAUUCCCUGAGGAAAUCUUUCUUCUCCAGUCGUUAGAGAAAUUGUACAUGGGGCAGGACCUUGGGACUAAAUUUACAGCAUUACCUGUCGAAAUCUGCAAGUUACAGAACAUGAAAGAGCUGUACCUUGAGAACAAUGAAUUGGAGCAUCUUCCAUCAACCAUAGGCUUGUUGAGUAACUUGGAAAUACUGGACUGUCGCAACAACUUUCUUAUUGAGCUACCUGACUCCAUAUGCCAAAUACAAGGUUUGCAGAAAAUACUGGUUGAGAGGAAUCAGCUAUUUCAACUUCCAGAGAACUUGGAUAGCCUAGUGAAACUGCAGGUUAUUACGCUGUAUGGAAACCCAAUGAUGGAGCCACCGGUGGAAGUGUUCAGUCAGGGGAUAGAGGCGAUAUAUAAGUACUUGCAGGAACUAAGGAAACGCAAUGCCAUGGCUAUCAAGGUCCAGGCUUGGUGGCGUGGCAUCAUGGUGCGCAAAGGGAUAGGCAUUUAUGCUGAGCUCUUGAAAAUGAUCAAGAAAGUCAAAAAAGAAAAGAAAGAGAAGAAAGGCAAGGAGAAAGGGAAAGGGAAAGACAAGGAGAAAGGGAAAGGGAAGGGUAAAAAGAAAUAA